AUGAUGGGAAGAAAAAAAGAUGAAACCUGUGAAAUUGAUUCAUUGUUUUCCACGCCAAAAACGUCAAAAUCGCUGAAAACUUCAAAAAAAUUGAUUUUCAUCAAAAAACCGAGAACAACCGUCGGAUUAACAUUUUCUACUCCAACUCCCACAAAUUCCGAUAUUAUUGAUUGUAAUGAAUCAAAUGUUCGACAAAUUUAUGCGACAAAUUCAUUAGGAGAUGAUAAAACUGGUGCUGGAAGGGAUGAUUUGGCAAAAAAUCGAAUCAAUAAAAGAAAAAUGUUUCCUGACGCUCCCAACAACAAUACACCGAUUGUCAGGAAAAAACCAAAAAUAUCGGCUAUUUUCAACACUGAAUCUUCCACACAAAUUGAAACAUUCUCGGGUAUUGGAUCAACAUCAACUUUUCUAUCGAAUUUUGAAGCUGCCUCAAAUAACUUGUUGAUUUCUCCCUUGAGUGAAGCAUCCAAACCAAUAGUACGAUAUUGUCAACGAAAAAAAGAAAAAAUAUCAAGAGGUAUUCAAACUGAAAAUAUCAAAAAUAACAAAAAAUGUCGAAAUAUGCAUAUUCAAACUGACCGAGAAAUCGAAGUGGUGGAUGAGGUAAGUGUUUCAUAACAUUUUCAAGAAAUAGUUAAACUCUUAGUGUCAUUCAGGUCUCGGAAAAAGCGAAAAACAUUGGGGAGCGAAUUAUGAAGAUUUCAAAAAGAAGCUUCAAACCGGCGAAAGGGAAACAUUUCAAAAAUAAAUAUGGUUAGAAAUGUAUAUGAUGCGGUGACGAUGUUCAAGCGAACACUUGGACCAUUGAGGCAAGAAAUACCGUUUUCAGCAACGUUGGUAGUUUGACAAGUCAGCUCACCGGGGUCGCUCAUGGAACUGUUAUGAAGAAGUUUUUUGAAACACUCCCGCAACCGAUGCAAAAAAGCUAAAGCGUUCAUUUUCCGACAAGUUCAGCUGUUUUUUUGCUGCGAGAACUCCGGCUUAUGUGAAAGAUCAAAUUCGACAAUGGUUGGAUGCCCGGUGGGGUGAAGAGAGAAAUGUCACUGUAAAACAAUUGAAAAAUUGGGCGGAAGAAGCUUUAGAUUAUUCCAAAAGUCGAUCAUAUUUUUUAUUGCUGUUACAUGGGAUGGGCCUAUGUUAUCGCAAGAAAUUUCGGAAGAAUGUUUCAUAUCGAAGAAAGACGAGAUUCGUAAUCAAGAUCUUGAGAAUCGAUAAGCUUAGCUUCUUCUUCCGGAUAAAAAUUACUCCUUGCCGAUAAUCCACCAGUUUCUGAUACGGCGCGCAUUUUAUGGUUGUUUUGACGAGAGCUGGAUUUUCGAAAAUAUGACAAAGGGCCAGAUUCUGGAUGGAUGUAUGAUAACCCGACACGAUAUAUGAUUGCGCGAAUGGCGGAUAUGUCACAACCUCGAUCUGGCCCUUCUGCAAAUUACAAAAAUAAAGGAAGAAGAGCAAUUGUAAUGGCUAUCAUGACAAAAAUCGGGCUUGUACCAGGUUCGGCAAGGAUAAUAAUAUCCGGAAAAGAAGAAGCUAAGCUUAUCGAUUAUCAUGAAGAUCUUGAUACGAAUUCGUACGAGACUUAUAUGAAACAAGUUCUUCCGAAAUUCGCACAUAUGGCUCGAUUGCGAGGAGAGCGCCCAGUUCUAUUUUGUUGGACAAUGCGUCAAAAUUCAUUGCGGAACCGAUGAAAAGGUACCCUUUUUUUUUUAAUUGUGCAACUUAAAAAUUUUGUUCAGCUGCCCACAAGCAACAGUUCAAAGCAGGAUAUUGUCGAUUAUCUCGAUGGAAAAAUACAUGUUGAAAUGUCGAUGA